AUGGGCGGGCGGGACCCAAUGAUAGUGGGGUCACCUACCGAGAUAAAAGUUGAGAUAACGCAGACAUCUUCACUACAUGAUUGUCUUCACGUCCUCAGACAUGCUCCCAGUACAUUCGCUUCGAGAUCUCGUGAAAAACCUGGAAGACCAACUAGAGAAAAGGAAAAUGUAUUUAUGAUAUUACCUCAAAACGACCCUAGUAAGUUUGACGUGACAUUUAUUAUUGGUAAAUGUGAAACUUUAUCAUGCGAAGAGGAACAGGCGUGCGUUCAGAGACAAAGGAACAAUGUUACAGCGCAUUACUGUUUGUGCACUUCCAACGGGGAGGAAGCCAAAAAAGGAGUUAAAUGUCCGCGUAGCACUGUGCCAUUGAAUCAACGUCAAGCUAUCCACAAUUUAAUACCACCGAAGCCAUCAAACGCCACAAAACUCCGACACCCGCCGCCCACGGCUCAAGAACCAAAUUCAUUUGUUGGGAAUGAAAUUUAUGCUGAAGCCACGGUUGGAAGCGAGACGGCAUUAUUAGAUUCCAGUACAUAUACGAGCGCUAGUGCCCCACUCCUUGUCAGUAUGAUCACAGGAUGCGGCCUGCUCAUAGUUUUAGUCACAGUAUUAGCAUUCUUCCUCAGAAAACGUAUAUGUAACGUCGAAAGGAAAGUAAAACCGCGUGUACGGCCAGGGGAACCUCUGCUAGCUGAACGGUAUAUAACGAACCCGCAGUACGGCGUGUGCGGUGCAGGCAACGUGGCCCCCAGCGCGGCUCCAGGGACGCCGGCCCCCUUCCCUUCCAACAAAGUGAACCAUCCUGAAGUCACCGUCUUGGACAGAAGCACACUGGCAUUCCUGGAGGAAGUUGGGGAAGGCUGCUUCGGCAAAGUUUAUAAAGGAGCUCUACGUCUCAACUCUGGUGAGAAAGAAGUGGCUAUCAAAGUCCUCAAGGAAAGUGCCGGUCGAAGUGCUGAAGAAGACUUCGUGAGUGAAGUUUCCAUUAUGUCAGCGUUUCGGCAUCCGAACAUUUUAACGCUUAUUGGAGUAGUCUAUAAAGAUGAAACUAAUAUAAGCCCAUGGAUGGUUUUUGAAUACAUGGAGUGGGGUGAUUUAGCCGGUGUCUUACGAGGCUCUCGAUGUGGUGGGCGAGCUGGACCAAACCUUGAUGAGGCUGCUUUACUUCAGGUCGCCCUACAAGUAGCAAGAGGGAUGCAAUAUUUGGCUUCGAGACGCUUCGUUCAUAGAGACUUAGCUGCAAGAAAUUGUUUGGUCGGUACCAACUUAGCCGUCAAAAUUGCAGACUUCGGUAUGUCCCGAGAUGUUUAUACUUGCGACUACUAUAAAAUGGGAGGAGAAAGGCCAAUGCCAGUGAGAUGGAUGUCACCGGAAAGCAUUGUUUAUGCCAGAUUCACACAUGAAUCCGAUGUGUGGUCCUAUGGUGUCGUACUUUGGGAAAUUUACACUCGUGGAAAACAACCGUUUUAUGGGUGUAAUAAUGAAGGAGCUACCAAAAAGAUCUUAAAAGGCAUCCUUUUAAUACCACCUGAUGAUUGUCCCUACUUCGCAGGUGAGUUGAUGCGAGCAUGUUGGGCGAUUGAUCCUCGGGAUCGAAUAGGGUUUGAUGAAAUAUGCUCAAAAUUGGAAGCUGCUCAAGCAGCAGAGGGUACUUCAACGAAAAUACGUCUACCUCGACCACCUGCUGCGCCAUUAGACUCAGGUGGUUAUUUGGUUCCUAUUACACCUCCACCGGCUGAUUAUUUAAAACCGUUACCAGAUUCCGAUUAUAGUGAUGAUGAGGAUGAAGACUCAGAAGAUUGA